ACGGGCGCCUCCGCCUCCUCCCUCGCUCCCUCCCUCCUCGGCGGAGCUCAGGCUAAGCCGGAGCUGCGGCGGCGGCGGCGGCGGGGAGCGGGGAGGGAUGUGGGGCUUCUCGGGAGGCAGGAUCUUCGGGCUCUUCUCUGCUCCCGUGCUCGUGGCCGUGGUGUGCUGCGCCCAGAGCGUGAACGAUCCCGGCAACAUGUCCUUCGUGAAAGAAACUGUGGAUAAAUUGCUGAAAGGCUACGACAUCCGCCUCCGCCCGGAUUUUGGAGGUCCCCCCGUCUGCGUUGGCAUGAACAUCGACAUCGCCAGCAUCGACAUGGUGUCCGAAGUCAAUAUGGAUUACACCUUAACUAUGUAUUUUCAACAAUAUUGGAGAGAUAAGAGACUAGCUUAUGCUGGAAUACCUCUCAAUCUUACCCUUGAUAAUAGAGUGGCUGAUCAACUCUGGGUGCCUGACACUUACUUUUUAAAUGACAAGAAGUCAUUUGUGCAUGGAGUUACAGUGAAAAAUCGAAUGAUCCGCCUUCAUCCAGAUGGAACAGUGCUUUAUGGCCUCAGAAUCACAACUACUGCUGCUUGUAUGAUGGACUUGAGAAGAUACCCACUGGAUGAACAGAACUGUACUCUGGAAAUUGAAAGCUAUGGCUAUACCACAGAUGACAUUGAGUUUUACUGGAGAGGUGGAAAUAAUGCAGUCACUGGUGUAGAGAGAAUUGAGCUUCCUCAGUUCUCCAUUGUAGAACACAGAUUGGUGUCAAGGAAUGUUGUCUUUGCCACAGGUGCCUAUCCAAGACUGUCACUGAGCUUUAAGUUGAAGAGAAACAUUGGAUACUUUAUUCUUCAGACCUACAUGCCCUCAAUACUGAUUACCAUUUUAUCAUGGGUGUCAUUUUGGAUCAAUUAUGAUGCAUCAGCAGCACGAGUUGCCCUUGGAAUUACAACUGUGCUGACUAUGACAACAAUCAACACACAUCUCCGAGAGACUUUGCCUAAAAUUCCCUAUGUUAAAGCCAUUGACAUGUAUCUUAUGGGUUGCUUUGUAUUUGUCUUCUUGGCCUUACUUGAAUACGCCUUUGUCAACUACAUUUUCUUUGGAAAAGGCCCACAAAGACAGAAGAAGCUUGCAGAAAAGACAGCAAAGGCAAACAAUGAUCGUUCAAAAUUUGAAGGCAGCCGGGUGGAUACCCAUGGAAAUAUUUUGCUAACAUCGCUUGAAAUCCACAAUGAGGUAACAAGCAAUGAAGUUACAACUAGUGUUACUGAUGCUAGAAAUUCAACAAUGUCCUUUGACAACUCAGGAAUCCAGUACAGAAAACACAGCUCACAUCGGGAAAGCUUUGGAAGACGUACAAUGGACAGAACAGGCCCCCACAGCAAGAGGGGCCAUUUACGAAGAAGGUCUUCACAAAUGAAAAUAAAAAUCCCUGAUCUAACUGAUGUGAAUGCCAUAGACAGAUGGUCAAGGAUGGUGUUUCCAUUCACAUUUUCUCUUUUCAACUUAAUUUACUGGCUAUACUAUGUUAACUGAGUGACUGAACUUUUUUAAAGGACUUCAAUUACAAUAAGUGAAAUAUUACUCUGCCUGUCAAGUUUAUAUAUAUUUAUAUAUAUAUGAACUUUUAUUAUAUAUAAAAUACACAUGUAUGUGUGUAUACAUAUAUUGCGGGAGGGUGCAUAGAAAUAUACACUAUAUGUAUAUGCACACAUGUUCAUAUUCAUUCUGAGAUUAUGGACAAUUUAUCAUAGAAUGCACAUCAGAGGAUUUUUUUUAAUUGAAAAACAGGUGUCCUCAAAAUAUUAAGCCUUGAGAAAGUAAGUAUUGUAUAAUAUCAUCGCAAAACAUUGUGUGUCAUUGAAGUUUUCAAACAGCUGUCCUCAUAUAUAAAAUCAGUAUUCAAAAACAUUAUUUGUAAAUGCUGCCAUACACACUAAUCAGAAAGUGAUAUAGUUACGCUAGUUAGUUUCAGAUAGGUCAUUAAAAUUGCAUAGCAUCAAUGUUAAUUUCAUCACACCAAACUUAUUUUCUGUGCUAAUAUUUUUUGUUGUUUGUUUUUUAUGUUGUAUUAGAUUAGCAGUUUUCUAUGAUCGCUUAUUUUCUGUUGUGCAGUAAGUAAGCCUGGUCACAGGAAAGGUGCUGCUGUAGUGUUUUGGAGAUAUGCAUGUGUUCAUAAUACUUCCAAACAUCCAUUUCAAAUAUCCAUUGGCACUGGAAGGAAUCUUGGUAAGUACUAAAAGGUAAAGUGCAUUUUGCUGCACUUGGACUGGUUUCAACUAACAUGCCAUUUUGACAGAGAACAACACAUUUUUAGCACAAUGUAGUUAAGAAUUCAACGAUUGCUAACAUAUUCUGCAUCCACUAUAGAUUUUAAAGAUCAUUAUUCCAGUAAAAACAUAGAAGACAUCUCAGGUUACUUGCUACUCAACAUGGAACCAUCUAGCUAUUUUCUUUUUUAAACUUGCAUUCAUUUUGUCAAACAGUCUUAUAACAUUGUAUGUUAAUGUAAAAUAUAUUUGCAUAAUAUGCACAUAUAAGUAUAUUUUAUCAGGAUUUUUCUUUUUUGUGCUUGCUGUUGUGACUGCAUGCUGUGUCAUAUUUUUGUUUUUGUGAAGUUGCAACUUUUUAUUAUCUAGACUUAAAGAAAUAGAACAUUUCUAGUACUCCAAUUCAACAACAGACCAUUUUCAUAUUUUAUUUACAUACACACAGUAUGUAUCUGGACACUCAUGCAGCCAGUAUUCUGAAGUCAUAAAUCACAAACAAUAACAAACAAUAUGUCUUGUUUUAGAAUUAAAUAUGUUCAGUCAAUUUCUUUAUGCAAAUAUGACCACUUUUGUUUUCUUUCCAGUUCAUCCCCUCAUCAGUAUUCAGUAUUCCAAUAUUGUAGUUCUAGUAGUAAAAGGAGGCCAGUUCAAAGCUGUAAACUUAACUGUUAUUUAUCAGAACCAGAUCUUUCUAAAGAAAAAAAAGAUAUAUUUUUUGUAAACAAUGUUUCUACCACAAACAUUCACGCAUUGAACCAAGGACAGAAGGAGAUGCAGGUGUAAAAAGGAGAUGUAAGCAUGGUUCUGCCAGUUCUCUUCAUUCUUGUGGAAUUUCAAGGGAACUUGGUGGUGGGAAGACUCCAGUUUUUGGCAUUAUCCAGAGACAUCCUUGGAGGAAAAAUGUGUGGAUAUACAACUGCCAAAAAAAAGGAAAAUGGGAUGAACUUGAAAAGGCUGCCUUUGAUCCAACAUACCCUGUACCCUCAGUAAUAUCUGAUUUGUCUGUAAGUAGUAUUUGUGCUGCUACAGUGUAAGGUCUUUCAACAUUUUGAUUCUAAUUUGCUCCAAGGUACAGAAUUACUUGGAGCAAACUGAUAAACUUUGUUCUGGGCUAAAAUUCAACAUACAAAAUCUCAGGAUGCAAGAUCUGAGCUAGCAUCUGAUUCUUGGACUCAUCUUGGUAUUAUUGAAACAUUUCCUGUAAGUCAUGAAUAGGAUAGUACAACAAGAUCCUGUCCUAUGCAAGCAGCUUGCAGAAAAGCUGUAAUUUAAUUCUCAAUUGCCAUGAUUUGUGUAGGUAAAUGGUUAUGCAUGUGUGCAAGUGUUUGUGGGAUCAGCACAUUUAAGUUCCCACAUAUUUGUCUAGGGUGGGUGUAUUCAGAGCAACUAUCACUGUGGUACUUAAGCAAUGGUAAUAUAUAUCAACAACAUAGCAUUAAAAGCACCAAAAGAACUGUCAUUAUUGGCCUGAAAAAAUCCCUUUUUUUAAAAUUCCCCAUUAUAAAUUUCCAUGCUAGAUCAUAAUUGUAUUUUGAGAUUCAUAAUAGCUCAAUCAUUUUCAGACUGAGAAUGGAUUAGAUCAUAAGCUUCAUGACAUUAUAGUCAUACAUUCAUUUAAAUAUUUGAAUCACUAAAAGCACUUACUUAAUAGGGUUUUUACAAGCCUUCAUUGACUUUCUACCCUAAAAUUUAUUAAGCAAGCAUUUUGAUUAAAAUAUGUAAGUUUCAGUGGUUUUUCAUGAGAAAAAUGACAUAUAUAAAGCACCCUUUGAGUAGGCCAUGUCAGAAGAAAUAACUGGAUUAGAUUGCUUUUUCAGAGGGGCCAGAUAUGACAGUUGCUGAGCACAAGUGCAUGGCCAACUCCCAUGAUUUUAGUGCUAGUCUCUGUAUUUCCUCCUAAAGGCUCAGCACUUAGAGUGAUGUGACCAGAUACAAAUGCUAGCUUUCAUUUUAAAAAGCAGGAACUUUUCUAGUCCUCUUUGUUGCAGAAAAAUGACCAGUUCAAGCUCUGUUGAGUCACUCGUGGUCUUUCCAUUGACUUGAAACGGGGGCUGGUUCCACUUGCUCAUU